GUAAAUUACAAUACAUCAGGACUUGGCCCGUUUUGCACCCCGAAAGCUUGGAGCGCAGCAAGCUACCGGGUAGGCCAGUCUGCUAACCAAGCAACGAGCAAAAUUGCUUGUGCGAAAAAGAAACAUCCGCCUGAUAUUACCCUGAACAAUUGGAGUCGAAACCUGAAUCAUUGCCAACUCAUUGCGCUCCAGGUGAUAGAUACCGGCAUUAUAGCCCAGUGCUAAGGUCGCUGGAAGAGGUGUUUCGUACAGUCGUACCAUACUCCGUAGUCCGUACGGACGGAGAGGUGGAGACCAGAUCUCCAAGAUCAGACUUGGUCUUCCGCAAAUCUUCAUCUCGAUGCCUCGUUCCUGAGAUCCGACAUAAGCCAACAAUCUGGCCGGCGCCAAGUGCGCCGCUUUGAUCACUUGGAAGGCAAUCGCUUCUUGUCUCCAGUCAUCUAGCCUGUUGUGCCAUUGGGCAAACCGUCAACAUGCCCCGAGACCCGGCGGCACCCAAAUCGCGGAGGCAUGUCACGACCGCAUGUAUACCCUGCAGAAAGAGUAAAGUCAAGUGUGAUGGCGUGACGCCUCUUUGUGGUCCUUGUAGACAAAGCAAUAGGCAGUGUCGAUACCAGACGGGUGAGGAUAAGCGGAAAGUAUCCCCCAGAGCAGCUGUAGACCUUCUUCUCGCUAGAGUUGACGAACUCACACGCUUCAUCCGCGACAAUCAUCUGGUGCCACCAGCGGCAAGCGAAGAAACGGUCUCUGUCCUCUCCAAGCUUGGCCACAAUCUGGACGUUGAUGGCCACGAACAGAAUGGGAGGCUUUCCCCAAAUUCCUUUGACAACGCUCCCCUGAAGGAUUCGAGUUAUUCCAGCCAUCAAAAGCAGAGUGCUGUUGCCCAGAUGAUCGCCUUGCCUAACGCAGAGUCAAGACACAGUGAUGUCGCCACAGGGACAGAGGUACAGCAAGAAUACUCUUUCGUCCAGACGCUUGAUUGGGACUGGUCGCAGGACUUGCCGGGCUGCGAUCUGGACGUCACCAACUUUUGGGACUUUGAGCUGAACCAGGGUCUACUUUCGAAUCCAGAUGGCGCCCAGCCAAUAUUCGACGCGUCUAUGCUCCCAGAUCCUUCAGACCACCAGAUAUCCGACUCAAGCGAUGAAGAGGAUAUGGAGGCCCUGGUUGACCAGAUCUCAUAUCGCGUUGGCUCCCUGAAGAUCGAGCCCGACGGCCAAACGCGAUACUACGGGCCAACCUCGAACUACAGCAUGAAGGAUGUCUCCGCGCCAGAAGGCCAGGUCACAAUCAACAGGACAGUCCGGCGCGAUGGGCAAGCCGCACUGAAUAGUCUUGGCCUCGGCCGCCAAGUGCCCCCCGAGAUAGAGAAGCACCUCAUCGAACUCUACUUUUGCUGGCAGGAGCCGUCUAUCAAUGGCAUCGACAGAUCCCUGUACGAGAGCGCCCAGACCGCGUGGAUAGAGAAGGAAGAGGAUACGCCACAUUACUCCGAGUCACUCAAAAACGCCAUAUGUGCAUUGGGGGCCAAUUUUGAGAUUCACUACCAUCCUUCCUUCGUGACUUUUCCACGAUGUCUUCCUGACUUUUUUGGCGAUCGGGCCAAGGCCUUGUUGGACAUUGAGCAGGACAACCCAACGGUGGCGACUGUUCAAGCGUUGGUGUUGCUGAGUGUCCAUGAGAUAGGAUGUAGAAGAGAUGCGAGAGGCUUCCUCCUGAGUGGCUCCGCGUUACGACUGGCUUUCCACCUCGCUCUGCACAUUGACAUGGCCCCGUUCGUCGAAAAGGGGCUAAUGAAGAAGGAAGAAGCCGAGAUCCGCCGCAAGGUCUUCUGGAGUGCUUAUGUCGCGGACCAUUCGUGGGGUUUCUCCCUGGGCAGGCCAUUCCGUACCAACAUGGAGGAUGUCACUGCGGCCAAGCCAGGAGAGAGCGAGUUACCGAAGACUGUGGCAUUUUGGACGCCUUAUGCUUCGCAGACCAAGCGAGCUGAUGUAGAACUCCCGGACACAAGAGACCAAGUCAGUCAGCGACACAUUGCCCUAUGUGAGAUCAUGGCGCCGUUGGGCAACGUGCUAUACGGCAACGCAAAGAUACCCCACGAGACUCUGCAAGAGCUCAAUACAACGACAGUCGGCGAGUUAUGGACGUGGUUUCAAGAUUUACCCACUCCGCUCCAAAUCGACCUCGACAAUCCGGACAAGUCCUACCUACCGCAUGUCCUCCUAUUGCAGAUGCAUUACUACCAGAACAUGAUCUACGCCCAUCGUCCAUGGAUGUCACGAACCCUGACCCAACCAUCUCCUCAGCAAGGUCCAGGCCGCAAUCAUGCGCGUAUGGUGUGCGUUGAAUCCGCGGCCUGUAUUGGCAAGAUUCUCGUCAUCUUUGAAAGACAAUAUUCAUUCAACAGGAUGCACCUUCACGCCGUGAGCAUCACGUGCUCGGCCGCGAUGCUGCUCAUCCUUGCCUGCGUCACGCGCUAUCCUGGCCUGCCGAAAGCAGAUAUUGACAACCACCUAGGAUCAUGCUUCAGGGCUUUGGAGGCAUUCAGUCCGUUUUGGAACACGGCGAAACGGGCUAGGGAGUUUCUGACCGCCUUGCAAAGGAAAUGGGUGAAGAAGGAACGCCAGCAAGAGAGGAAGAGGAUGAGAGAGGAGGAGGCCAGGGAGGAUGUUCGAGCCAAGAGGCCUGGCGGAGUAGACGAGAACCUCGAGUGGCCGGCGGCAGCCACUGAGGCUGGCGGCUACUGAUAUACCACAAGAAUUGCAGGCUCAGUUCGAGAGCUGCAGUAUGCAAUGUCCCUGAUGAUACAUCGGUCAAUACGAACGCUAUUGUCAGCCUGUGCGUCAAUGUCAUAAGCUGGUAGGCCUACCUAUCCGUCUCGCGUGCCAGACAACGCCAGCCCCAGGGGAAGUACCAGUCUCAACUUCACGGGCGCUCAGUUCCAACGUCUGUUAACAGCCAUCCAACCCGGACAGCAACAGCAACCA